CGCUAGCCAGGCUUCGCAGGGCGGUUGCUAAGGGCCGCACCGCGAGGUCAACAAGAAGGCUCCUCGCCCGAAGGGGCCUCUCGCUCGCCCUUUCCUCGUCUUUUUGGCGCCGGGGGUCUCUCUCCUCUCCCCCGCGACCCACAAGGCGACACUGCGCUCGUUUUUCCCCUUCCCAGGUUGGAAGGCGUCGCCCUCCAUGAAAAGGGGGCAAAGCAGCCUCCUCGCCCCAAGAUGUCUCAUUUUACAAGUGAAGAUGAAGUCUCUUUGCAAUCUAUGCUCAGACAAUUACUGCAGUGUGUGAAAGAGAAAAUCACAGGAGCACCAUCAGUAGAGUGUGCAGAAGAGAUUUUGUUGCAUCUGGAGGAAACAGAUGAAAAUUUUCACAAUUAUGAAUUUGUGAAAUAUCUCAGACAAUAUAUUAGUAAAAAUCUAGGCUCUGUUAUAGAAGAAGAAACUGAGAAGUGUACUUCAGCACAAAAUCAGGGUGAAGGAUCUGGCUAUGACACACUUGUACAACAUGUUACUAAAAAGACUCGAGAAUCAAAAGAAUACAGAGAAAUGAUGCAUUCUCUGAAAAAUGUCAUGAUGGUUGUGGUGGAAUCUCUGAUUAACAAAUUUGAAGAAGAUCAGAUGCGCUACAAGGAGAUGCAAAGAAAAAUGAAAACAGAACAACAAAGUAGUUACUAUACAGAUAACUGUUCUGAUAGUGAUUCUUCCUUUAAUCAGAGUUAUACAUUCAUGAAUCAAGAACAGCUGCAACUUCUUGUAGAAAGGCUUGAUCCUGCUCAACCUAAGGAGGUACGCCAGGAAGCCAUGCAAACAUUGUGUUCUGCACCUCCAUCUGAUAUUUUAAACUGUGAUAGCUGGGCUAAUUUACGUAAACAUCUUGCAGCAGCACUUUCAGAUUCUGAGUUGAAUUUCAGUGACAGAGUUUUGAAAUUUUAUGCCAAGACAUUUUCUUCCUCUUCACUUAAUAUGACGAGGGAACUAUAUACAAGUUUAGCGAAGUACUUAGAGCUGUACUUUCUUUCUAAGGAUAAUUAUGUUCCUACUAUAUCAAUGGGUAUUGACAUAGGCAACCCAGAUGUAAUUCGUUUACUUAAAAAGAUACGUCUGCUAAAUGAAUACCAGAGGGAGGUCCCAUCUUUUUGGAUUCGUCAUCCAGAGAAGUACAUGGAAGAAAUAAUGGAGAGUACCCUAUCACUUCUCUCAGUAAAACAUGAGUUAGCCCAUGUUGUUUCUCCAAAGUCUUUGGAUCCAGUAUACUUCUUGGCUCUGGUUGAUCUCAGAGCUGUGUGGUUUAAAAAAUGGAUGCAUGCUUAUUACAGCAGAACGGUGGUGUUAAGGCUGCUUGAAAAGAAAUAUAAAUCUUUGAUUAUUGCAUCUGUUGAGCAGUGUGCUUCCUACUUGGAAGCUUGUGAAUCAACAAUUGAUGAAACAGGCAGGUUUAAUUCUUUCUCCGUUUCUCAUAAUGCCAAUAAACAGAAGAAUUUCUACACUGGAAAAGAAUUGCAAUAUAUUUAUUUUGUUCAUUCCCUGAGCCUGUUAGGCAGAUUGUUGAUAUAUAAACAAGGCAGAAAACUGUUUCCUAUUCAGCUGAAAAACAGAAAAGAUCCAAUGUCUCUGACGGACUUUGUCAUACUGUUUACUCAUCUUAUCUAUCGCUCCCCAACUUGCCCAAAGCCUCUUACUGUGCAUUCAGGCAAUUACUCUCCUGCUGGCCUUAUUACAGAUGUGAUAAGAAUUCUUUGUGAUCGCAAAGAAUGCGCAACUGAAUGUCUGUAUACUAAUGCAGUUAUAGAAGCAUUUCUUCGGCCAAUACAUGAUUUACUGACUGGAUCAGAGGUACAUCUGAAUUUUUCAGAAACCACCCUGAUACAUAUAGCAGAUAUUUUAGCAAGAAUUGCUGCUGUAGAUGAUGGACUUUCACUGCUUCUUUAUGGAGGAGAGAAUCCCUCUACUGUGGAGGUUACCAGCCAUAGGGGUGCACAUACAAUCGUUCAGUUUACAAAGAAGCUACUUGAUGAAGACAUUUCUGUUUUGUCUGGUUCUGAGAUGUUUCCAGUCCUCAAAGGUGCUUUCAUCUUUGUGUGCCGCCAGAUGUACAGUACCUGCGAAGGCUUAGAGGUGUUGCUACCUUAUCAUUUACAUCAUUCUAUUGCUGAGGCUUGGAAAAAGACGAGUUUGCUUUCAGAGAGAAUUCCUACUCCUAUAACUGGGGCAGACUGUGCUACAUCAGUCAGCCAAGAAUCACAGAACUUUAUUGCAUUGGAAGAGACACUGUUGGAUGAUUUGCUAAAUUUUGCUGCAACACCUAAAGGACUUUUGCUGCUUCAGAAUACAGGAACAGUCAAUGAAUGUGUGACAUAUAUGUUUAACAGUUUCACAAAAAAUCUCCAGGUCAAUGGAUGUGAAAAGUUUGGUUAUGGCGCAAUUGUUUCACAAGUGUCUGCAACCGCUCCAGGUGCUAUAGCUCUACAGAGUUCAGGAUUUAUAAAAGCACUUGUUAUUGAACUGUGGGGUGUUCUAGAGUGUGGAAGAGAUGACAUCCGAAUAACUCAUCCCAGAUCAACACCAGUAGAUCCUAUUGAUCGAAGCUGUCAGAAGUCUUUCCUAGCUCUGAUAAACUUGUUAUCCUAUCCUGCUGUUUAUGAGUUGAUUGGUAAUCAAGAGAUACCUAAUAAACCUAAAUAUUCUCUUCGUGAGGUUCCUACAGAUAUUAUUGAUAUCAUUGACAGACUUAUAAUUGUGAACACAGAAGCUAAAAUUCAUUCAUUAUUCAGUUAUGAGCAAUCUCUUAUCUUUGGACUCAGGUUAUUGAAUGUGCUGUGCUGUGAUUUAGGUACACUUCUACUUUUUGAAUCUCAGUAUAAGAUAUCGGAAGUGCUCUUAGAUGGACAAAAAGAAAAUGCCACCAAUAUUUCCGAAACAUCUCGAGACUUUAUAAUUGAUGGCUUAUCGGUGGAGAGGAACCAUAUUCUGGUUAGAAUAAAUCAUGUUGGUGGACCAACAGAACGGAUUUUGCCUCCUAGAAUACUACAUAAGGGUGAUGAUCCCUAUCCCUGGCCAAUGUUUUCAUCAUACCCUUUACCAACAUGCUAUCUUGCUGAAUUUCCUAGAAAAACUGAUUCAAGGCAAGAUGAUGAUGCUAGCAAGCUUUUAUCUUCUUUAAAGAAUCCAGAUAAACAGCUGGGGUGGAUUGAAAAUGUUCAAAGACAGUUUUGUGAAAUCAUGGAAAACAAACCUAAUGUUUUAAGUGGAACCAAUUUGGCAGAAUUAAUUGAAAAGUUUGUGCUACAUCUUUCUGAAACACCAUCAGAAUGUUACUUCAGUAGAAGAGAAAAUGAAGCUCCAUCACUAAUUGGUCACUUGGAGUUAAACCGGAGCAAGAGAUAUCCCGCCAUUCUGAUUCUUCAUUCUUGUGUCAGCCACCUUCACUUUUUGGCCAAAGACGGAAAGUGGGUUGCAAUUAUAAUUAAUAUUUUGCUUCUGAUUGAAGCUUGUGUUUUUUAUUUAAAUUUCUUUAGUUAUGGUAAACAUUUGAACCUCCUAGGAGAAAAUGCUGAAAAUGAUCUUUCCCAAGUACUAAUGAAUUGUGAGAAAUAUUUGAAACAACAACAACAUGUGUUCAUAGAGACAUCAUUACGUGGUCUGGAGGGAGGAUAUGCAAGCUAUGAUUGGUUUGCAGCUUCCAUAUUUCUAAUAAUGAUGGGAGAUAGGGAAAAAACAUCAACAUUUCUCCAGCAGUUCUCACAUCUUCUUGUUUCAGCAUUCCUUUGGAUACCCCGGCUGCAUCGUUCUAUCCACCUGCCUCUUGAUACAGCAAUGUCUGGCAUCCAUCCAGUCUAUUUUUGCAGUGCACAUUAUGUUGAGAUGUUACUGAAGGCCGAGUUGCCACUUGUGUCUUCUGCUUUCCAUAUGUCUGGUUUUACUUCAUCACAGAUCUGUCAGCAGUGGCUAACUCAGUGCUUCUGGAAUUACCUGGACUGGAGUGAAAUCUGCCAUUAUAUUGCCAUUUGUAUUUUCCUUGGCCCAGAUUAUCAGAUAUAUAUGUGUCUGUCUGUGUUCAAACACCUACAGCAAGAAAUUCUUCAGCAUACACAGACUCAGGACCUUCAAGUUUUUCUCAAAGAAGAAGCACUUCAUGGAUUUCAAGUGAGUGAUUAUUUCAAAUUCAUGGAAAAUUUGGCUGUUACCUACAGAUCAGUGCUGCUAAAAGACAUGAAGAACAUUAGAGUGCAGAACACAUAGAUGAAGCAAAUGAGCAUCUCAUUUCAAAUUUUAGUUAUGUUCUGAAAAGGACACCGUUUGUUUGUUUUGUAUUCUUCUCCAUAAAAAUGCAUUUAUUCUAAAUGUACAUACUGCCAGAUCAAUAAUAGGGCUGUUCAGCAUACCAGUUUCACAAGAUGAUAUCCUCUAAAUUGGAUCAUCUGAAAAAUAAUGUGUUUUUCCAUCCAUGUGGCAUAGACUUGUUUACACUUGACUUCAGAACCUGCCCUUGAAUUACUUAAAUGCCCUGUUUAUAUUUUCUGGGAAUGCUUUGCAUGUUAUUAAAGUUUGCUUUCCUUCAACUUCUGCCUAAAAAAUUCUAAAUUACAUACAGGUUUGGCAACAAGAAAUAAUUUGAGUACCCAAAUUUGAAAGCCCAACCAUUGUUAAUAGUGAGGAAUAAAGGCAAAAUUUCUUGUAUGUGGCAAGAAUGACCUUGGAAUGUCAGGCAACUAAGUAGCUCAGUUUGAAAACAGUCAUUUCAGUUUGAAAACAGUUAUUCAAAUGAAAUAACAUUUGAAGUACAAUGAAAUAUUUGGCAUUGCUUUCUUUUGUAGUCAUUUUUAAACACUGUAUACUAAAACCUUUUUUUAAAAAAAAUCUCCAUGUUGCCGAAAUGAAUACAUUAAAAAAAUGCAGUACUCGUUGUGGUUUGAUGAUUUUUAUGUCAAAAAGAAGGCAAGGAAGUCUUUAGCUGCAUAUAUAAUUGUGGUUGUAUGAAGUGCAAGUCAAACUGUAUGAUAACUGCUCCAGAGUGUCUUCACUAUGGGGGAUUGACUGGCAAAUUUGGACUCUUGCAGCUCUGUCUGUGUAGCUGUACAACAUAUAACAUAUAAUUUAUGAAAGUACAGAGAUUUUGUAUCACCAAAUCCUGUUACAAUUUGUUUUAAAUCAAAAGACAAAUUUAAAUUACAUCCAAUAGAUUUGAAAUCACUGAGACAAAAAAUGCCUAAAUAUGGGUAAAAUGUGUCCAGAGGGGAUUACAAUUGUUUGAAAAUUUACCAUAUCAAUGGUGAAUUUUUUGGUCAGAUACUCAGCAUUCUGAAUUAAGUUUAACUUUUAUCCAGCCAUAUGUCUUAUUAAAAUAAACACUAAAGCUUUUUCAAACAUGUUUUCACUUGACAGUUCCAUAUGUAUUAAUUCUUGAAUCCAAUUUCCACAUCAGUCUGCUAAUAGCAAUAACAGCAACAAUACAGUUUUCAUUUAUGUUUCUGUGGAGGUUUCUCUAAUAUAUAAAUAAAAUGCCUGCUAGGUAACAUAGGGGACAGUUUUGCCACAUGUUUUCCCCUGGCCAUUUAUGCCCAGAGGUAGCCUUUUUUUAUAACAAGAAGUGGAAACCCAUCCUCUGUUCCCAUUCUGUGUUUGUUUGUGUUUGUUUUUAAGUCUCCUAGGCCUAAAAUGUACUGGAGUGAAUGUGGCAAAAUGUUCCCAUGUUUUCAAUUGGGGGGGGGAUGACCUUGGCACUAAAGAUUUACAAAGUUUGCUGUUCCUGUUCUUUGCAGUAACUGAUAAACCUUAGUAGAAUAUUCUAAACCAAGAUAUCCACCAAGGUACAUUGUAAGAAAGCUAUACAUUUCACAGCAUCUAAUACUAAGAGUUUUGGUUUGUAGUUCUAUUAAUUCCUGAGUUACCAUAAUAUUUUAUCCAGAGAAUAGUGCUGGACUGUCUUUCUUAUAAAUAAAUAAGAUGCAGCAACAAAAUUUGGAAAAGGCAGUUAAAAUGCAUGCUUUCUAAUAUAGCAAUAUGUUCUAGCAACUGUAUAAUUUUAAGAAUAAAGAUGUCAGCAAUAUAAAUGCAUUGCUUUUGUAGUUAAAGAGUCAAAAGAGAUGUCUGUCUUUUUCUCAAAAAAGUCAGGGAGGACUUGCUUUGUCAUCCCAACAUUUGGCUGAAUCUAGAAAAGCUUUUCUUUUACUGAAAUGGUCAGUUAAUGACCUAGACAAUUAACUGAUGAUCAAAUAAAAGAAUAUUUUA